AUGUCAAUUUUUUCUUAUAAAUAUGUGACAAAUAUACUCGAUGAUCGUGUUAUAUCUCCAUGUGACGGACGUGAGGAUAUUUUUAUUGAUAAACUAAUGGAUUUGACAAAUCUAUCAUUUUCUCUUACACAGAAUGAUAUUAUAGCUCAAGGUCCUGUACGGUUUUUAAGAAAUUAUCCGCCAGGCGAAAAGUUUCAGUUGAGAAUUGUACCAUAUGUAAAAAAACAAGGAUUAUGGGUUCGGUGUGUCUUUUCGAUCUACCGUCCAGAUUUAUGUGCAAGUCUUUUUAAACCAAAUGAAGUGUGGUAUGAUGCUAUAAAACAUUUUGAAGGACAAUUGGCAACAUGUCCUCCUGAGAAAGGCCGACCGCAAUUUGGUUGGUUCAUAUAA